AUGAUAGCUGAAAAACAAGUAUUCAGAGAAAGUGGCAUUUUGACUGUGGCUGGUAUCUUUAUCUUAGAAUCAGUAGUAUUCAAAAAAAAUCCAGAUCUUUUCCAGAAUCCAUACUUCCACCACUACAGUACUAGAAAUACAUCUAAUCUCAUAUCAAACACAUUGACCAUGACUACUCCAGAGGAAUGUUGA